CAAUUCUGUGAGCGAAGUCAAUGUUUUGGUAGAUGUCUUGUGAAUGUUGUUAUUGCUACAACGCCAGUAACGUGCAUGUUACACAUUUUAGAUUUUAAUUGGUGAAGAGUCAUAAAUCAUGAAUUCUGUAAAUACACAUCAUGGCAUACCAAACGGUCGGCCCAGUGUUGGAAUAUCAAAUUCGGCGCGAGUGUCAAGCGUCGCCAGAAGUGGUGUGGGGAGACAGAGAAAAGUUCCAGAUUGCCCGUUAAUUGAAAGUCGUAAUUGGUUGAUACAUCUACAUUAUGCACGAAAGGAAUUCGGGAUAUGUAAAAUAUUAAUCCAAGAAGAACUCGAGAAGAGCAAAGGAUUCUCUGAAUUCGCAAACUAUAUGCAGGGUUUAAUACUGAGGCACGAAGGAAGAAUCCAAGAUUCCCUCGAGUAUUUUCAAACAUGUCAUGCCAUUAAUCCCAUGAACGUGGACAACAUCAAGCAGGUUGCAAGAUCUCUGUAUCUACUUGGAAGGCACAGAUUGGCCUUAGAGGCGUACCGAGAAGCAGAAAGUCUUGUUCUCAAGCCUGAAUGGGAUAUUUAUCAUAACUUAGGCAUGUGUCUCCUGCACCUAAAUGAAAGGGUUAAAGCAAAAGAAAGCAUUUCGAAGGCCAUUGAUUUGAGCCGCCAAGAAUGUUCCUACGUAGCACUUGCAAAAAUAUACCUGCUUGAGAACGAUAUUGGUGCUGCAGUUAAUGUAUAUAAUGCAGCAUGCAGCAUAUACCCAGAAAAUUCUGACCUUGCUACAACUCUUGGUUUACUUUACAUGAAACUUAGGGAGUAUCAGAAAGCAUUUGAGAAGUUGGGUUCCGCUUUAGCACAUAACCCAUCUUCAGCAAAGGCAUUGUUGGCAAUGGGUUCUAUAAUGCAGGACCAUAAAGACUGUGAGGUAGCACUAUCAAAAUACAAAAUUGCUACUCAGUAUGCACCUGAAUCAGCACCAUUGUGGAGUAACAUUGGAAUGUGCUUUUUUGAAAUGAAAAAGUUCAUUGCAGCCAUCAGCUGCCUUAAGAGAGCAAAUCACCUGUCUCCUUUUGAUUGGAAAAUAUUAUACAACCUUGGACUGGUUCAUUUAGUGACACAGCAGUAUGCAUCAGCUUUUCAUUACUUGUCUGCAUCGAUAAAUCUCCACCAUAGAUAUGGGAAUGCAUUUAUGCUGCUUGCUCUUACCUUGAAGAAACUGGGAGAUCCAGACAAUGCUCAAAAGGCUUUUGAACAGGCUGCACGCCUGGACCCAACAGAUGCUUCCAUACCUUUGAACUAUGCCAUAUUUUUGGCUGCUAAUGCAAGAAAGGAAGAAGCUGCAGCUCAACUGAAAAGCUUCCAAGAUAUAGCACAGCAAGGAACAGUUAACCAGGAGGCUUGCUGGUUUUACUGAUGUAGACUGGCCCAAACAAAAGAAUGCACAAAAGACUGGACAUCAACCAACUACAGCUAGCAGCACACUUACCAUAUGUGAAGAAUGUCAUCAACAGAAUUGGUAAACAUCUGCAUGAGUUGGUGUCCAGGCCAUCCUCUACAACACCUGCAAGAUUCAGUAUGUAUUAGGCUCGAACAAGGACAAGGUAAAGUGUCUGCAGAUUGCAGGUCUGCACAAUGUAGACUAUGAGUGUGGAGAAAUCUACAUCGACAGAACUUUCAGAUCUGUAGCAAUACACUGGAGCAUGAGCACUACAUUCAACUUGGGCAGCACAACAAAUCUGCAGUGAGCAAACGCCAUGAAGACUGUGGCCCGAAAAUAAAAUUCAAUGAAAGCUGCAUUCUGGGAUGGUAAAACACAGGAUCAAAGAGGCCAAUGAGAUAUUAAAACAUCCUAACAACAUGAACAGAGAGGAUGUACUCAGACAUGCACCAUCCUAGCUGUCAGACAUCAGAGUUCAGCUGGCUGCACUAACAACUUGAGACAGAUCGUUAUGAACUGCCACUGCAUGGCCUUUGUCCAGCAUGAGGAAAAUGAGAGUCCAUAUGCCAGUUGUCAGUGUCUGUUAGCACACUUUGUGAGGAACAAUAGAAAACAGCAGAUAUGCACUUCUUCUACCACAACCUAUCAUGUAAUACCUUAGUUUUUUUUAGGACUGUGACCUUAUUUUAUGUUCAACACACCAUUUUUACCAAAAUAUAAGGUGCUGUACAACAAGAAUACACUGGCUGACCCAGA